UUUCUUUUUAAAGUAUUUUAGGGGUAUGAACUUGUCUCCAAAGAGGUUUGGAGCAUGGUGUUUAUCAAAAUCAACGUAAUCUAAUGAAUUCAUGUGUUGGUGUCCUUGAUCGCUAAUCCAGUUUCUUGACUGGGAGGAUUUGGAGAAGACUGUACUGAAGAUGGGAACAAAAAAAGACAAUGCCGUUGGAAUGGGGACCUUAUGUACCCAUGCUUUCUAUGAUUUAAAGCAUGUAUCGCCGGCAGUAUUUCUGUAUCUGCUGAAAGAAUGUUAUUUUUAUGGAACAUGUAAGGCGACAGCAAAGUUCCGAGCACUUCAGUAUCAAGUAUGUCUUGUGCUCCAAAAUGAUCCAAAGCCUGGACCAGCAACUUUUACUGUUCAAUGUCUAUACUUGGCUCCUCUAUUUGAAGAUGAUAGUCAUGGAUUUACCCAUUUAAUUAUAUCUGCUUUCCGCCGCUUUUUGAAAAGAUCAAAUACUUUGGAGGACUCCUUGGAAGUGAAAGAUUUGGCUGCCCAUCUAAUUGUUGAUAUUAUUAGGGGCCAGAGCUUUCAUGAUGAAAAGAUUGUCAUGAAACUAUUGGAGACUUUUGAUGUAAAAUUAUCAAAUUUUGAGAAAGCAAUGUGCCCAAUUAAAGAAAAUGAUGGUGUAAGUUGUGGUACGGCAAAAGAAUUUGUUGAGCGGUAUAUUGUUGAACUACUAGAAUCCCAGCAGUAUAUAAUAGCUGUCGCUUUAAUGGAGCAUUUCUCUAUCAGUCAUUAUGGCCAGUCAUUUCUCCUAGAUAUGAUAAAGAGCAAACAAUACAAAGCAGCAGAGAAGUGGGCGACGUAUAUGGGGAAGCCAAUGCUAUGCACCCUUAUUGAGGAGUUCGUUGAGAAGAACAUGCUAAAGGAUGCCUAUGAGAUUAUCAAGAAAAAUAAUUUAAAGCAGGAUUUCCCGGAUGUAUACAAAAGGUGUAAGGAAAGCUCGCUAAAGAACUUAGCUGAGAAAGGAUGUUGGGAUGUGGCUGAGGCAAGAAUAAAUAAUGAUAGACAGCUUAUGGAAUAUUUGGUUUAUUUGGCAAUGGAAGCUGGUUACACAGAGAAAGUUGAUGAAUUAUGCCAACGAUACUCCCUUGACAGGUUUUUGGAUAUCAAACUACCUGAAACAACUAUACAAGAAGGGCGUUAUUUGCAUCUUGAUGAACUACUAGUUGAAGACAUCAUUUGGGUUGAUGAAGUUGAAGGUUUGCUUGAUGCAACAAGUCAUAUAGAUGGUUUUAAAGUUGUCGGUCUUGAUUGUGAAUGGAAACCUAAUUAUGUAAAAGGCAGCAAGCCAAACAAGGUCUCAAUCAUGCAAAUUGCAUCUGAAAAGAAGGCUUUCAUCUUUGAUCUGAUAAAGUUACAUAGCGAGGUGCCUGACACUUUAGACGAUUGUCUAACACACAUUUUGAUGUCACCUAGAAUUCUAAAACUUGGGUAUAAUUUCCAAUGUGAUACAAGGCAACUUGCUCAGUCAUAUCCAGAAUUGAAAUGCUUCAAGAACUACGAACUGUUAUUGGACAUUCAGAAUAUUUUUAAAGAACCUCGGGGUGGUUUGGCCAGGUUAACCGAGAAAAUACUGGGAGCUAGUCUAAACAAGACGAGACGAAACAGCAACUGGGAGCAAAGACCUUUAACUCCAAAUCAACUAGAAUAUGCUGCCCUGGAUGCUGUUGUGCUUGUUCAUAUUUUCCACCAUCUUUCUGGUCAAGGAAAUGGUAAAUUUGAGUGGAAGUCCCAUAUAGUGUCUCAUUCUGAAACCAACAAGAAAUCCAAGAAGAAUUCAUCAAGAGUUGAACAGACUUAGAUUCAGAACAAGAAGCAUUGAUCUUGAACUUCCCAUUGUCUAUAUUUUCCUUUUGCUUGCAAUCAAUUAGGGUCUUUUGUAAAUAUUUACAGGAAAUGUUCCCUCAAACAGUAAUUGGCAUACAUGAUACAUGGCUUCUGUGUAACUAUGCCAUUUCUUUCUAUGCUCAGAUAUGGCGA